GCUGAAAAGGUGCUGAAAGUGGUGCCAGGACCAGGUGGACAAAAAGAUGCGACAAUCCUCUGUGCAAACUCGAGAGUUUUUCUCUCCAGUUCUGCCUUUUCUUGUAUACUAAUCUGCAGAUCAACUGGUGCAAUCGAUAAUUAGACCCAAUAGAUCGUGUCCUUUGAUCUUGAUUCCUGUAGCCCAAAAUGGAUCACCAACAACAACAACAAUACCACCAACAAGGUGGCCAAGCUUAUUACCCGCCUCAGGAGAAGCCCGCCGAUUAUGUGGAUCAUCAAUACGGGCAGCAGUUUCCGCAACAAUACCACGACAACGGCGCCGCAGCGGCACAGUCAAAUCAUGUGCCGCAUGACGGUGCUUAUACCGGAGGUUACACUGCUCCGGCUCAGACUUCGGGAAGCGGUCCAAAGCGCGGGCUCCUCAUCACCCUGAUCGCGGCCCUAGCUAUCCUCGCCGCCACUGUUAUCGGUCUUGCUGCCGGUCUUGGUGUCAGCCAGAAUCAUCUCCACUCCGCACAAUCAGACCUCGAUGCCGCUCAGGCUUCUCUCUCCUCUGCUGCAUCCGCUCCGACAGUGACAGUCACGUCAACAAAGUCGGGAUCACCAACGAAGACUUCUUCUUCGGCAACCGCCAGCGCGACAGCCGACAAGUUUUCUACUUGCCCCGGCGCGAACAACACCAUCUACACUUCCGGCACGGACAGCAAGCAGUUCAAAGUGCUCUGCGGCGUCGACUCCAGCGGCGAGGGCCAGUCCGACGACCUGAACAGCACCAAGGCAGCAACCAUGACUGUCUGCAUGGACGCAUGUGCCAAGACGGACGGAUGCCAGGGUGCUGGCUGGGGCUACAUUGACGGCAGCGGCAACAUGUGCUACAUGAAGACGAACUUGACCGGUUAUCACAAUGCAACAGCAAGCUGGGAAUUCGCUACCUUGGCCACUUUGAACACAACUUCAACAGACUCCUGAAUAAACAGGCUCGGGCGGCGUUUGGGUGGGACUGAUGUCAUUGUUGGACAAUAAAAAGGUUUAGCUAUAGCGGGAUAAUUUUGAUACCAUUUCCUUUCGCCUUCGGUUUGCGGUCAAGUUCAAUGUGAUAUUAAUCAACAGCCGGUAGAGCAGUCACGUCCGAUCCGCCACAGCUUAGCAUUUGAUACGAC